GCAUUGUUUGGAUCAGCUGUGCGUGGAUGUGAAACCCCACCCAAUGAGGAAGGACGAGCAGUGAAGAUCAGAUCCGGAUCCUGACAGCACGAGCCCGCAGCCGAUCAUGAUCGCGUUAUUUAAUAAACUGUUGGAUUGGUUUAAGGCGCUCUUCUGGAAGGAGGAGAUGGAGCUGACGCUUGUCGGACUGCAGUACUCGGGGAAAACCACAUUCGUCAACGUCAUCGCGUCCGGUCAGUUCAGUGAGGACAUGAUCCCUACAGUCGGAUUUAACAUGCGCAAGAUCACCAAAGGAAACGUCACUAUUAAAUUGUGGGAUAUCGGAGGGCAGCCGCGUUUCAGGAGUAUGUGGGAGCGAUACUGUCGUGGAGUCAGUGCUAUAGUUUAUAUGGUCGACGCUGCUGAUCCAGACAAAAUUGAGGCGUCUAAAAAUGAGCUGCACAACUUGUUAGAUAAACCACAGUUACAGGGCAUUCCUGUUCUUGUUUUGGGCAACAAGCGAGAUCUUCCUGGAUCUCUGGAUGAGAAGGAGCUGAUUGAGAGAAUGAACCUGUCAGCCAUCCAGGACCGAGAGAUCUGCUGUUACUCAAUUUCCUGCAAGGAGAAAGACAACAUUGACAUCACACUACAGUGGUUGAUCCAGCACUCGCGAACCAGGCGGAGCUGAGGAUGAGGAGACGUCUGAUUGGAUGAACAGCAUCGCUCUCGAUUUCAUCCGCCCCUCCCGCUGUUCUUAUAAACUAACAGAUAUUAUUUACACCGUCUGAAGGUUUUUUACUUGUGUUUUUUUACAGUUGCAUGUUUGUUCAGAGAUCAGAUCAAACAUCAUCAGACAGUUUCAUCAUCUGAUGGCUGUGUUGUUGUUAACUGACACCUGACCAGCAGAUGGCGCUCUCAUCCUGUGAAACUCACCACAAGUCAUUAUUCUGACAGCUUGUGAUGUCAUCCUCAGAUCUGUGACAUCAUAGAUGUUGAUUGAUAUUUAAAGGUUUCUGGCCUCUAGUCAGAUGACAUGAGUUGGUUGUCAUGGUGACCAUUCCCAUGAUCAUGAGUUUUGGGAAGGUGAGCGUAUGCAGAACACAUCAGGAUCUAAUUGAUUUGAUCUCUGACGAGCUGCAAUAGAGAAACGGUGUCAGUCGAGUCUUCACACGUCCGUCCUGUUCACAUCUCACCGGUCGUCUUUAUUUUAUUUUAUGGGACUUUAUGUUAAUCUACGUAAAUGAUUUAUUCAUUACAGCAGAGAUGAAGUAUAUUCUCAGUAUCUCCUGCUGACAGUCAGUGUUUGAUCUUUAUGAAGGGUUUUCAUAUUUGGGAGAGACAGAUGUACAUUUUUUUUGUGCCUGAUUAUUUUGCUUUAACUUUAUUUUGUUGCAUGUGUCGACAUUUUUGCUUGAAUCAUAACGGUUAACACACGCUCGUCUGUUAAAUUCAUAUGUAAAUGUACAUUUUUAAUUAAUUUGUUAUUUUUUGGCAUGUUUUUACUCAUUUUCGUUGGCAGUGUUUUUAAACGGGAUCGUGUAAAUAGAAAGUUAAACCAAAAGCCGAAGCCCCUCUGAAUCUUCUGGUGUUUGUCCUGUUGUGAUUAGCGUACUAUAAUAAUAAUAAUAAUAAUAUUAAUAAUAAUUAAAAAGAAAAUCCCGCCCAUAUUCAUAGCAAUCUGAAGAGAAGUAUUGUGUGUGUGAGAGAAUGUGUGUAUCUAUGUAUGUGUGUGUGUAUUAGUGUGCAUGGAUCAGUCAUAUAGAUUAGGAUAAUAUUUAAUUUUUAAAACGCCGUUUUUUAUGUUAACUUUUGCUACUGGUGAUAAUUUUAUAUUCAUCUGGUUGUUUAACAGAAUUUCUCCACUAAUGAAACACUUUUAUUUCUGUGUAAAGUCUCGUCUAUACUACGACACACAUCUACAAGACCUUUCUGAAAUUGUCACAAUGUUGAAUUUGUGUUGUUUAUUAUUGAGGUCAAAUGCAGAAUUAACAGACCUGUCGUUAUAUGUUUUAUUAAUGAUAUAUUAAUGUCUCAUUAAGUGAUCAUAAUGUUUAAAUAGUUUGUUCAUUCUGGGAUGGAGCAGGUUGCCAUAGUUACAGGAUGAUUAAGCUGAAGUUAAUGGGCAUGUGACAGGAUCGAGUCCUAUUAUAUUCACUACUGAACAUAUUUUUCGUCUUUAUCAGAAAGUAACUUUUUAAAGCAGUUGACAUCAUCUGAAAUCUUUUUAUUCUCUUGUCCUGGCGGUGAUAACUGUACAUGUUGUUAUUGUUAUUACAGAUUAUUUAAAAAUGAAAAUGAAAUGAUUUCCCCCUCAGA